UAUAACUAUGUAACACGAUCACUGAUAGCCCCCCAUAGGUCGUUUGAAGAUCAAGCAACACUCAAGCAUAUUUGCAGGAAUAACUGUGCCGUAGAGGUUAUUAAAAUGGCAAGACUUCCAAAACGGAUUGACAGAGACUGUCUGAAGAAAUUCCUUGAUAGUUUUGAUAAUGUUCUAACAGACUGUGAUGGUGUUUUGUGGGCUGGUGAUAUGAUCAUUGGACAAGCUAAUGAGGCUCUAAACAAGCUUCGAGCCCUUGGGAAAAAAGUAUUUUAUGUUACUAAUAACUCUACCAAAUCUAGAGAGGAAUAUGUGGAAAAGUGCAGAGGUUUGGGAUUUAUUGCAGAGAAGGAUGACAUAAUUAGUUCCUCCUUUGUGACAGCUCAGUACCUGAGCCAGCUGAAAUUUAACAAGAAAGUAUAUGUUAUUGGAUCAAGUGGAAUUACUAAAGAGUUGGAUGAAGUGGGAAUAUCUUACAUAGGAGCUGAGCCAGAUCCACUUGUUGAGAACCCUGUCUUCCGUCUGAAAGACACAGUUCAAUUAGAUCCAGAUGUAGCAGCUGUCGUUGUGGGCUUUGAUGGUCAUUUCAGCUUCCCAAAAAUUAUGAAAGCUGCUUCUUAUCUAGAAAACAAGGACUGUCUUUUCAUUGGUACUAACACUGAUGAGAGAUUUCCCAUAGGGAAGAGUGGCUUAGUCUUUCCUGGGACUGGAUGUCUACUAAAAGCUGUUGAGACAGUAGCUGAGCGCCCACCUAUUAUUAUGGGAAAACCUUCAGGACUGAUGUUCACAGUUAUUAGUAGCAAGAAUAGUCUGGACCCAUCACGUACCUUGAUGAUUGGUGACCGAUGCAACACUGACAUACUCUUUGGCAAAAACUGCGGUUUGAUUACACUGGUUGUUUUGAGCGGUGUCACUGAGAUGGAACACCUUGAGGCUUGGGGUGCAAGUGAGGAUGAAGAACAGCACAAGUUGUUGGCUGAUUACUACCUUCCAGAAAUUGGUGAUAUUUUGACUUUAAUCAAUGAAAAUUAUAGAGGGUAAAAUUAAACCAGAUUAAUAUAUAUAUGCCAGCCAUGUCAGAGCUAAGAAAUGAUCUAGUUGGUCUGGUUAAACUGUCCUUCAUAACUAAACUAUUCAUUAUAGAUAAUUAUUAUUUAUAAUUUUUCCCUUUAUUUCAAGCCACUUAAGCAGUUUGUUGUGGAGUGUUUUAAACAAAAUGUUCUCAAUUGAAAUUUUCCAUUAUGUACUGUAAUAAUUUGGUUGUUACAAUGGAUUUAAUGAAUACUACAUAGUAAAGUUU